AUGUACAGUUGGCGGUAUCGCUGGUUGCCUGGCAUUUGCGCCGAACUGCAACGCCAUCGGGACAUCCGGCGCGUCAGCGCACGCGAGAACAACGCCUUCUUUGACGACGGGGAGCGGCGCUGGAGUCCUACAGCCGUGAAUGGGGACCCGAAGAUGGGCAUACAUGGCUUGGGGUACACUCAAAGUGCACCCAACGUCACCCAAGUCAUGGUUCUGGGGCGGACAGUGGCAGGCUACUUCAUAUCUCAAGUAGAUCGGCUCUGUCGCACUAUGAGUCCUAUGCCUCUGCGGCGAGAUGCGGAGGGGGACGCCUCUUCCCGUCUUACCAGCACCUUGGAUGGACUUGACUAUAGGACCUGGAAGUUGCCGGUGCCGGAUUCCUAUGAUCCGCUGGCCGGCGCAGUGACCGGCCGAAUGACCUGCGCGAACCCAAACCUCCAGAGCAGCCCGCGCAUGGAGGAGUUUCGAGGCCUCUUCCGUGCCGGCUUGCGUCCUGGUUGGGACUGGCUGGUGCAGGGUGACUUCUCGCAGAUCGAGCUGCGGGUUUUGGCCGAGCUUGCUGAGGACGAGCAGAUGCAGGGCAUCUUUGCAGCUGGCGAGGACCUCCAUGCGACCACCGCCGCGCUCCUCAGUGGGGUGGCGCCAGCAGAGGUCUCCUCGCAACAGCGUCAGUUCGCCAAGGCCGUGAACUUUGGCCUCGUCUAUGGCCAGUCGGCGGAGGGCCUCCAGAAGAGCGCGGAAAACAGCUACGGGAUCGAGCUCAGCUACGCGGAAGCCUGCAGAGCACGUCAGGGCUUCCUGGCGGCCUAUCCGGCAGUCGCGGAGUGGCAGCAGCGGCAGCGUGAUCUGGCCAUGCGGGGGGCGGAAGUGAGAACCAAAGGGGGACGCCCUGCCUGCCACCUCGUGGAGCAGUGGAAGGAUCUUCAGGGUGGGCAUUGCGAUGCCAGUUCCAGUGGCCGUCUGCAGCGUGAGGCGAUCAACUUCCCCGUGCAGGGAACUGCUGCGGAGGUGAUGAUGGCCUGCCUCGAGUCCUUGCAUGCUUUCCUGCAGCGAGCAUCGGCGACUGUGCGGCUGGUCUGCGUGGUGCAUGACGAGUUCCUCCUGGAGUGUGCAGACCCUGCGGCCGCAGAAGAGGCUGUGGGGGCGCUCCGCGAAGCCAUGGAGGACGCCUGGCGCCGGCUGUUCCCCGGUGCGGUGCUGGGUGCCACGGGAAUUUCCGUGAGGAAGGGCUUGAGUUGGAGUGAGCUGAAGUGA